UAUCGAUCAACAUGAAAGUACUCAUAGUUCUUGCUCUCGCUAUUGCCACCGCCUCCGCUGGCGUUCUGACUAAGAGCGAUCCCAUUCACCCCCGUGACUUGCCAGCAACGCCCUCCAUUGAAGGACGUAUUACCAACGGCAAGACUGCCGUAGCUGGCCAGUUCCCCUACCAGGUCGGACUUAGCUUCUCCAGCAGCAGCGGCAGCUGGUGGUGCGGUGGUUCCAUCAUCGCCAACACAUGGGUUCUGACUGCUGCCCACUGCACCCAUGGCUCCACCUCUGUGAAAAUCUACUAUGGCGCCACCCAGCGCACUAGUGCCCAGGUUACCCACACCGUUGCCAGUUCCGGCUAUAUCCAGCACAGCAGCUACAACACUGCCACCCUUGCCAACGACAUCUCCCUGAUCAAGACCCCAUCCGUCACCUUCACCAGCACCAUCAACAAGAUUACACUGCCCUCCAUUGCCAGCUCCUACUCCACCUACGCUGGACAAAAGGCUAUUGCCUCCGGUUGGGGCAAGACUUCCGAUAGUGCAAGCGGUGUCGCCAGCACCCUGCAGUACGAUACUUUCGAUGUUGUGUCCGUUGCCACCUGCCAAGCCACCUAUGGCUCCACCGUUGCCAGCAGCAAGGUUAUCUGCAUUGCUACUCCCAACAAAAUCUCCACCUGCAGCGGCGAUUCCGGCGGCCCCCUGAAGCUGGUCAGCGAUGGCAAGCUCAUCGGUGUUACCUCGUUCGUGGCUAGCGCUGGUUGCGAGUCUGGUCUCCCAGCUGGUUUCACCCGCGUGACCAGCUACUUGGACUGGAUCAAGACCAACGCCGGUGUUUCUUACUAAACGGUCUUUAUUUGAAUUAAAACAAAACUCUUAAUCGAAAA